UUCUAAAUCAUUCAUUCGAAGUUUUAACAACUUGAAUUAAAUCGUGUUAUUAAAAAUGUCGCAAGAUCAAUUUGUUAUCCCUCAAAGUGCGUUUGAUCGUGUUGUGGAGGAUUUUUAUAAAACAAACCCAUUGGAUCAAUAUCCAAUAAAAUUUCCCGAUGAUCAACACGUAAUAAAAUCAACUCCAACAACAUCAACAUUACAAUCAAUUUUGGAAAUUACCUCCCAAAACGCAACUCAAGAAAUCACCACAGCUUCCAACGCCAUCAUGACAUCAACCAACGCAACCAACACAAAUUUAACUUCGCUUAUAAACGAAGUUUUCGUGAAUAACUCCACCUCUACUGAAGCGACCAUAACCAACUUAACCUCGUCUACUUCGACAAAUAUAUUGACGGAAAUUACCGAUUUUAAGGGAGAAACUACGACCAAUUUGAUCGAUGUUGUUAAUUCAACUUUAAGAGGUGUUAAUGUUAACACAACCGAUUAUUUACCGGAGGAGCAUCAUUAUCAUAAAGAUAAUACGGGUUUCAUUAUAUUAGGGGUGGUUCUUGUUGUUUUGGUGAUUUCGAUUAUUGUGGGUUUUGCUUUAUAUUACCGCAAGAAGAAUAUGAUUAUGAAAAGUGAAGGGCAGCAUUAUCGACAAAGUGGUAACAGUCAUGUUAUUCAAUUUUCGGAUGAACAAAAUUGUUCAGGAAAUGGUCAACAAACUCAAAGAAAUCGUUAAUAAAUAUACAAAUAAUAAGUAUUUAAUAUAUUUUAGAGCUAUUUAUAUUAUAUUUAUUAUCAAUUUAUCCUUCUAACAUGUGUUUUUGUUGAGAAUAUUAAUAAAAUUCGUAUUUAUUUA